CUGCCUCAGAAUCCAAUCCAAUUCAUACGAGAUACAGUCGUUAUCUGUAAGUCGUCGGGUCUUGUUGGAAAAUCGGAUCCGUGCAUAAUCCGUGAAUAAGAAUAAGUGAAAAGCAUUUAGCCAUCGGUCUAUGGAGUUCUGCCAUCUGGCCCCGUGUAUCAAAACAAACAAAUCAUUGCACAAACCAGCCGCCGACACGCAGAUAUAAAGCCCAGAUAUAUAAAAUCGGAUGUGCGUGAGUGAAGUUGUGGGUGUGUGUUUGAGUUACUUUGCAAGUUGAGGGCGUUUUGUGAGUUCUCUUGAAAAAAAAAUUGAAUUAAAGUGCAAAACUAAAAGAUAUAAAUUUUGUGAAUGAUUUGCAAAAAUAUUUCAAAAAUAUUAAUUAAAAGAAAAGUGUGAAAAAAGCAUAAAAAAACAAAGAAAAAACAGAAAGAAAAAUAUCAUUUGUGUCACAAAUAUCAUCUCAACGAUUAACAGCCAAGUGAAUAAUUGGAAUUCCUUUCCGAACAAAAAGCGCUCAAGAUCUCGUCAGCAAGUGUCAGAAUAUUAAACGCCAUAAUUAAUAGCUAAUAGCCAAACAAAAGAGAAAAUGCUUUAAAAAGAAUAUCAGGUGCCGAGAAAAGAAAUACAAAAAACAAAGAAAUAUAAAAACAUAAAAACAAAGUAGAAGUAAUAUUUCAAAAUAAAAAACAGAAACGACAAUGCCUUCGUUGAGCGCCAAAAUGUUGUGGCUAUUGCUGAUGGUAAUGCCCCUUGGCGGGGCUAAUACCAGUGAUCAAAGGGUAUCGACAGUGGCGCCUCCCCACCGGAUCUCGCAUCAGCAGCAGAGGUUGCACCAGUUGGAGGCAGCCCAGCAGCACCAGCAGCAGCGUCAUCACCAUUUGCGGCACGAGCAGCAUUUGCGGGCCGAACUGGAGGGGAACGGGAAUCAUCAGCCACCGCCCAUGGGCGGGUCCGAGGGGGAUCUCACCGGCUUUGAGUCGCAGCUACCCAUGCAGCAGCAUCACUUGCGCCACCAUAAUCGCCACCACCAGAGCUGGGAGCACAGGGUCUUCCCGGCCUUGCGUCACCAGCAACAUCGCUUGGCCGCCGUUGGAACCUCCACGCCCAGGACAGUCUUCACCACGGAAGCACCCACUACCUCGCACCGGGGCCUGAACAUGAAUCAUACUCGCUACUUCGAUCGGGACGGCAUGAAUCCCCCGUGGGCUGAAUACCACACCACCAGUGCCCCCAACUGGCGGCAGGAACUGGACACAAGUAACUCCGACGAGGAGUCCGAUGAGGACGACGAUGAUGAGGACGAGGAGUAUGACUAUAAUUAUGACUCCAGCUCAAAUGCCGUCGAUGAAGAGCUGGCCCGCCAAGUGCCCAGAUACUCGCUUUUUAACCAAAAGCCUUCACACACCGCAGAGAACAAGGAGAUAGAGUACGAUCAGUCGGAUGAACUGGAAAUUUCGGACAAUAGGAAUCGAAACAGCAACAGACAUCCAAGUGUGGCGAAUCCCCAUCAUAAGCUGGCUGAGAAAAGAAACAUUUUCGAUUGGCUGUUCAAGCAGGACAAGGAGAAGGAGUUGACCAGGAAGCCACAUACCACAGCAGCACCCAAAACCACAACAACGACAACCACUACCACCACCACCCACCGCCCAGAGAGACAAACAUUAAUCCUAACCGAUGCCAAUCUGAAAAAAACCGAUCUAGAUAAGCUAGAUAAAGAUUAUUCCAAUGAGGACAAUGAUUCCGAGUUCGAGGACGCCUUCUCCAACGAGCAGUGGAACAAAAUCGAGCAUGAUCACAAAUUGCGCCAACAGAAACACCAGAAGGAGCUCCAGGCGUUGCGUGAGAAAAGCAGGAACACCCCCUUAAUCAGGAAUGAGGCCCCCCCUUCGUAUAACAUUGAAUCUGAGGUAAGAAACACUGGCAAGACAUUAGAAGACAAUGAUGGCCAUGAAACCGGAAAUAUUAUAUCAAACAACUAUUUACCGGGAAGUUCGACACGGCGUAAGAUAGAGCUCCAUAAAGAAGGAUACUCGAAGAAGCGUUUCUCGGAUAUGAACAAACUCGCCCAGGAAAAUGUUAGGAGGGUAGCAAGAGAGGCCAUCUGCCGGAUUCCUCAGAAACGUUGCCUGCUUGUGCAACAGGACACUUCGAAGGAGUACUGGCCCCGUUGUGCCAUUCUGCAUCGCUGCAGCGAGGACAGUGGCUGCUGCCGAAAGGGUAAAAUAUGCGCCGCCAAGAGCACUCAUAAUGUGGAGCUGUAUUUCUUUGUGUACAACCUCAAAGAUUCGCGUACGGUUGAAAAGAGGACCUUUGUAAAUCACACCGAGUGCCAUUGCAUCGAACGAUCCAAUUAUAAUGUGGAAACGGCCAUGGCAGUGUCAUCUCCGGUGCGGGCCACCAUAUUAAGCUGCACCUGUCCGAGCGCUUUCGAGAAAGUCCUGCAGGACGACGGCCAGUGCAGGUGCGAUUGCACUUCCAGCAACGCCGGCUGCGAUUCCCUGAAACGCGGCAUUGAGCACUUUUCCUUGAAAGAUCGCAAGUGCAUAGAGCAAGGUCGCUGCAUGCCGCCCACCUGCGAAUACGGACAUUUUAUGAAACAGCAGGGUGGCUGCCCCAAACAGCACGAACAUCCCAUCUACAGUGUCAUGUCAUAAGCGUUGAAUCUCCAAACCGAUGGGCAAACAACCACGACGGAAACCAGGAAAAGUAUUAAUCAGCCUGUGUGAAAACUCAAAAUGCGACAGGGAGGAAAAACGGGAAAGAGUUUUUUCAUCGCCUGGCCGAGUAAAAGCAAAUAUAGAGACGUGAAUUAAGUUGCAUAUCCUAUACAAAAACAAUACGAAAGUAAAAUUAAAAUAAAUCUAUUUAUACACAGGGAUGGGUCGACAAAGAUAUAUGAAGAAAAUACAGUAGUAUCGUAGUGGAAAUACUCCCCAGCUUAUUUUCCCUUUUUCAACAAAAAAAAAAAAACAUAAACUUUUUGAAACUUUCCUAGUCGAUCCAUCCCAAUAUACACCUACAAAUUAAAUGUAUAUCAAAAGAU